AUGAAGAAGUGGGAAGAGAAGUUGCAAGGGGUUAAAAACAGUAGAAGGUUGAGGAGGAAGAAGGUUUAUAUAGAAGGACAUACUGAGCAUUUUGAAGAUGCAUUUAAAGGAAAGUAUUCUCCCACGGAUAUAUCUUUGGCAUUUUACUCUGGACUGUUUGCUUUCGGUGGGUGGAAUUACUUGAACUUCGUUACAGAAGAACUGAAGGAUCCAUACAAGAAUUUACCAAGAGCUAUCUGGAUAGCUCUGCCCAUAGUGACGGGAGUGUAUGUCCUUGCAAAUGUUGCCUACUUUGUAGUCCUUUCUAAGGAAGAAAUACUCAAUUCACCUGCUGUGGCAGUAUCUUUUGGAGUAAAAACUUUUGGAAAUUUUUAUUGGGUUGUACCUAUAUUUGUAGCGUUGUCUACAUUUGGCGGAGUCAAUGGUGUUCUCUUCACCUCAGGAAGACUCUUUUUAGUUGGAUCUCAGGAGGGACAUUUACCCGAACUUUUCUCUUUUAUUCAUGUCAAGAGGAUGACUCCCGUUCCUUCACUCAUCUUUACAUGUGUCACAUCCUUAUGUAUGCUUUUCGUUAGUGACAUAUUUAUCCUAAUUAACUACUACAGCCAAAUUCUGUGGCUUUCGAUAGCGGCAAGCAUUGCUGGGAUGUUGUGGCUGAGACACACACAACCAAAGAUGGUCAGACCUAUCAGGGUUAAUACUAUAAUACCAGUAUUAUUCAUAGCAUGUUGUUUGUUCCUUGUCAUAUUCCCCAUACCAUCAUACCCUAUGAACACUGUCGUAAGCUUAGCUAUUACACUUUCAGGCAUUCCAGUAUACUACCUUUGUGUUAAACAAGCAAAACCGAAGUUUUACCACCGCUUUAUGAAAAAACUAACGGUAUCUAUACAAUGCGCACUAGAAAUUAUACUUCCUGACGAAAUAGGACAUAAAUUGUCCGACGCUUGAAUAUGCCCAAUUUAUUAUUGUGUAAGCAUUGUAAUUACUGUGCUUUUAUAAUUUGUACAUUUUGUUUAUUUUAUUAAAAAUAAUUUGUCAAAAGUUAA